UGGCCCUGCCCACUCUGACAUCACCCCCAUCGCGACCAAAACGCGGGCGGUCGUGGAGGGGAGGACGCAAAUACCGCGGAUUUCACUCUCCCAGCGGUUGUCUGUGUUGGAGCUGUGCCACCCUGCGACACGAGCCCCUCUUAAAUCGACUCCCGGAUGCUGCGGGAGCUGAGACCCGGUCAUGUGCACAGCUCCAGCCACGGCGAGGGUCUUCGCUGUCAUCGUAUUGGGCAUGUGGCUGGUGUGCGCGAUGCCAGAGAGCCACGUGGAGGAGCCCAUGGACUGCUGUGAAGCGUGGGAUCAUGGGAGCCGAGGGUGCCUCCUCUGUGCUGCAGGCUGCUACAGCCAGGGCACCGACGCUGGCGACGCGGUGAGCUGUGCGCCCUGUGAACCGGGCUCCUUCACAAGCUUCCCUAACCUGCUCCUGCACUGUCUGCCCUGCACACACUGCCAUGCUGAGCGCGGCCUGGUGCUCGCACAGAACUGCACGCGCCGCGUGGACACGGUAUGCGCGUGCGAACCCCGCUCCUACUGCGCCGUCUUCACCGGUCACCACUGCGAACUGUGCCUCAAGAACUGGACCUGCACGCGUGGCCAGGAGAUGAAGCAAGGCAGCACCCAGACGGAAGCAGUGACCCAGAUUCUAAUCGGGAUCUCCGUGUUCGCUCUCUGUGUCCUCUGCAUCACCGGAUUCUUUACGUGCAAGUCGUGCUUACGGGGACUACGCCAUGGAGGCCAUUAACCAGUGGAUGUCUGCUGGAGAAAUCCGCUUGUAUUCGCCAUAACUGUGUUUCAAGACUCCGAAUGAAAUGGCAGGAGACUGGCAAGGAAACGUCAAUGCUGAGAACCUCUUCAUCCGUCACAAUUUUGGCGAGACUUGGUUGAACGCUCCGUACGAUUCGGUGGAAUUGCCCAAACUCGGCAGAGUAAUGCCAAGGCACGUCAUAGUGAUUAACAAGUUGUAAAAGAUAAAACAACAUCGCAGGGAAUCAAUUUCAGGACUGUAUCAUGUUGACCAUUGUGAUUAGUUGACUCAGAUUUGAAGUUUUUAGUGUUUUUGUUGAAGUCACAGUUAACGCCUCUGCAAUACUGUGUGGUGUGACUUGCUAAUGCUUAACUGCCCACCUCACUUUUAAUCUUAGCUUCAAGGUCCCGAUGAGCAGAUGACCAAGAUAAGAUAAUUGUCGCCUUUAUUUUUCGGCAGUCGAUCUUCAUGAGCGUCAUUAAUCUGUCUGGGAUUGGCAUGGGUCUGCGAUGCCGGGAAUAGAAAGCAGCUGCUCUGUGCUUGUGACGGUUGGGAGGAGAACGUUUUAUCGGACCCCAGACAGCGAGAAUGUUCACUUUGGGAAAUGCGUGCACUGUGGCAUCAUUAGCACUGGAACUUUGGACAUGCAGCCUGAGAUUGCUCCAGGUUGACGGGUGAAAUCUCUCAAGAUGGAAGUUAAACGGACAGUUUGAGACCCAUCAUCUCGGGCGCAAGAUCACCAGUACCAAGCGGAGGAGAACAGCUAAUGCUUUGAAAUAUUUUGAAACAUAAGAUUAUAUUUAUAUAUAAAUUACGUGGUGUAUUGCGCUGCACCAUGUCUGUCACUACACCAGCUUAGAGCGCGGCUUAUUGGACGCGAGAGGAGGGAGGCCAGGCCACGUCGAAACUGACACAACGACAACAACAGUGCAUAUCGCCGCUGGGGAUUCUGGGCAAGUUGUGAAGAGUCCACAUGCCUUGCUGAGAGAGCAGAGAGAAAGAAAUUGUAAGCCACGAGAGGCAGGCGAAUCACCUGGAGGAAUCCUGGUGAGUUGAUUGUAGCCGCCCGGGUAGCCCCUGGUGGUCCGAUGCUGCGUUGGACUCUCUCUGUUAGUGCAGCCAUAAUAGGGAAUGCCAAGUGGGUUCGAAACUUGGACUCUAUCCGUUUUCUCUCCUGCUCAUUUCAACUUUUUUUUUACCAUCCCUGAGACUGGCUGUGCAAAGGGAUAUAAGGAUGCAUCUAUUGUCGAUAACAAUAAAUUAUUUUACUCGUUUAA